UGACAGCAGAGCUAUAAAUAGGUUCGUCUACAAAUAAAUACUGGUGAAAAGUUGUGCAAUAUUAAAAGGUUGGAAACGACGCGUUGAAAUGACCCCAUGAUGAUCUGCUAAUCAGAUACCCGGAUCGACUAUUGAGAACAUUAAUGAUUACACAACCGCUACACAGGAAUCACAAAACCAGCAACAUGCACCAACAACACCGGACGCGACGACACCAUCAUCGUCAUCAGCACCAGAAUCAUCAACAAGAAAGCCAUGACGAUAUUAUUCAGCACCAAAGUUCGAAUUCAGUGCAAACACCGGAAAAGACUUCCAUUAACCGGCCAUGCCGACAGGUUUUCAGCCGCUGGCCUUCUCGCGGUUUCUCCUGCUGUCAGCCUCCAAAACAAGAAAAGGCCAAACCGACGGCGCUCCUUGAAUACUGGGAACUACCGGAAAUGCGGGCCUAAGCAGGUAGAUUUUCACAGCACCAACAUCAAUUAUCAUGAUCAUUAUCAGCAUUCACCAUGCAACAUAUAUUUCGGUGAGAACUUUUGUGUACGACUUAACCAGUGGUUUAAAUUCCUUACGUGCGUUGAGGAUAUCAGAAAUGGUGGUAUCGUAAUGUGUGAUUUCACGCCCAACAAGAGCUUGUCAGCUAUGACGCUUUCUGACGACGCUGUCAAAAUACGAGACGUCCCAAACGCCGGCGGAUCUUCCGUCGGCUCGGAGGUUCUGUCCUUCGAAGUUCUGCAGAAAUGCUUCAAAGCGAAAUUGCUGAAGACGGAAAUGGAGGUCGAGUAUUUCCCGGAGGGGGGCUCCAUUACCGACUACGUGUGCGUGGUGUUCGGCACAAAAUUGGGCGUGUCCGUGACCCGAGCCCGUAACUACUGGGGCAGGGAUUUCACUUCCGAGCAGGCGGCCCAUCUCUUGAACAAGAAACUAAGAGGAAUCAAUCAGUCCAGUCGGAACUCUCUGGAGAAUUGGAACAAGCAGGUGCUCCAUGUGUGGUCCGCAAACCGUGACGUCACAAACGUGCUCGUGCAGGCAUUUCACACGCUAGAACCGGAAGUGAAGUCAAACACGGUCGUUCUGAUUACCAACACCACGACCUCUUGCGAUUUCAUUUAUCUAAAUGGGUGAACAUGCGAAAAGAAAACUAAAAGAUUCCAGCAAAACAAAGUACAGAUGUCUGGCGAAGUGUUUGCAGACUG